AUGCCACCUUUGGAGUACAGUAAGUUCUUUCUUUGUAUCCGAGUUAUUGAUAGUACCACAGCAAGCCAAUUGGAAAAAAAUUCUUCAUCGUUUUAUUUCUUGUUAAUAGACGGACCACCGUUGCUAGCGAGCUCUCCAAAACUUGAAUCAUCGUUCCAUCAGCCGUUACCACCAAAGAAGAACAUGCAUAUUACAUGCUUGACUAUUGGAUCAAGAGGCGAUGUACAACCCUAUAUUGCACUGUGCAAACAAUUACAAAGAGAAGGUCAUCGCUGUCGAAUUGCAUCCCACAGUGAAUAUCAACCUUGGGUGGAAAAUCAUGGACUUGAAUUCCGUUCAGUAGGAGGGGAUCCUGGAGAACUGAUGAAAUUGUGCAUCGAUAAUGGAUUCCUCUCAUACUCAUUCGUCAAAGAUGCGUCCAAAUUCUUCUAUACCUGGUUUGACAAACUGCUAGCUACGGCUUGGGAGGCAUGUCAAGGCACGGAUCUACUUAUUGAGAGCCCAAGCGCUAUGGUUGGAAUACACAUGGCUGAGAAAUUAGAGAUACCCUAUUUCCGUUCGAUGCCAUUCCCCUGGACACGCACUACAAGAUUCCCACAUCCAUUUGCGAUGCAAAACUAUACCUCUGGACGACUCCUCUAUAAUGAUAUGACCUAUAUUAUGAUCGACAUUGCUUUGUGGACAGGCACCUCAAAAGCAAUCAAUCGAUUCCGACGAAAAGUUCUCAACUUGGCCCCUACUACACGAGAAAAGCUCGAGCUAUGGAACGUACCAUACAUUUACUCUUUUAGUUCGUCUGUACUUCCACCUCCAAAAGAUUGGCCAGACUAUGUGCACUGUACCGGCUACUGGUUCUUGGAUAACCCGGAUUCCUCUUGGAAACCGAGUGAGGACCUCUUGAAAUUUCUGCACCAACAAGCUGACGAUCCGCGACCUAUCGUAUACAUUGGCUUUGGAUCCAUCAUUGUGCCAGACCCGAAAGGCAUGAGUAGCGUGAUUGUGGAAGCAGUCAAACUGGCCAACGUGCGGGCCAUUGUGUGCAAAGGCUGGUCAUCGCGCAGUGUUGACAGCAAUAGUCAACAGGAAGAACGUCAAGUCGAUAAAGAAAACGAGAAUGCGACAGACAUCCUUCACGGUCAAGAGCAUAUUUUUAAUUUGGACUCGAUCCCACACGACUGGCUAUUCCCACAAAUCCAGGGCGUUGUGCAUCAUGGCGGUGCUGGUACUACGGCUGCUGGCCUACGUGCAGGCUUGCCGACAGUGAUCAAACCGUUUUUUGGUGAUCAGCGCUUUUGGGGCCAACGUCUUGAGGAACUCAACGUGGGCGUUUGUAUUUCUAAACUGACAACUGAUAAAUUGGCAGAGGCAUUGGUCGAAAUCACGCAAAACUCUGUGAUUAUCGCCAAGGCUACAGCUCUGGGAGCAACGAUUCGACAGGAAAAUGGAGUGAAAAAUGCUGUAGAUUGCAUAUACCGCGAUAUCCAUAUCGCUAAAAGAGGAGCGCGUGAGAGUCAACAGCAAUGA